GUGCGGGCGCGAUGGGGCUGAGGGCGGGUGUAGAUGAGUAGCGGCGGCGUGUGGGCGUGCGAGCCCAGCGGUUUGGCCCUAGAGCUCGGGUCCCGGGGUCUUCGGGAGGGCCAGGGGGCGCGGAGUGCUUAGAAUCGCUGCCUGCUGCCACCACCUGGCAUGUCGGCCGAAGCCUCGGGCCCGGCGGCGGCCGAGGCCCCGUCCCUGGAAGUUCCUAAACCCUCGGGUCUCGAGCCUGGCGUCGCCGCCUACGGUCUCAAGCCGCUGACGCCGAACAGCAAGUACGUGAAGCUGAACGUGGGCGGCUCGCUGCACUACACCACGCUGCGCACCCUCACGGGGCAGGACACCUUGCUCAAGGCCAUGUUCAGCGGCCGCGCGGAGGUGCUCACGGACGCCGGAGGUUGGGUGCUGAUUGACCGGAGCGGCCGCCACUUUGGUACAAUCCUCAACUACCUGCGGGACGGGUCCGUGCCACUGCCUGAGAGUACCAGAGAACUGGGGGAGCUACUAGGCGAAGCACGCUACUACCUGGUACAGGGCCUGAUUGAGGACUGCCAGCUGGCACUGCAGCAAAAAAGGCAGAACCUGUCCCCGCUGUGCCUCAUCCCCACGGUGACAUCUCCCCGAGAGGAGCAGCAGCUCCUGGCCAGCACCUCCAAGCCCGUGGUGAAGCUCCUGCACAACCGCAGUAACAACAAGUACUCCUACACCAGCACUUCAGAUGACAACCUACUUAAGAACAUCGAGCUGUUUGACAAACUGGCCCUGCGCUUCCACGGGCGACUGCUUUUCCUCAAGGAUGUACUGGGGGAUGAGAUCUGCUGCUGGUCUUUCUACGGGCAGGGACGCAAAAUCGCCGAGGUGUGCUGUACCUCCAUUGUCUAUGCCACAGAGAAGAAACAGACCAAGGUGGAAUUCCCAGAGGCCCGGAUCUUUGAAGAGACCUUGAACAUCCUGAUCUACGAGACUCCUCGGGGUCCAGACCCAGCCCUCCUGGAGGCCACAGGGGGUGCAGCUGGAGGUGGCGGGGCAGGCCGAGGGGAGGAUGAAGAGAACCGAGAGCACCGUGUCCGCAGGAUCCAUGUCCGGCGCCACAUCACCCAUGAUGAGCGUCCUCAUGGCCAACAGAUUGUCUUCAAGGACUGACCUUUGACCUUUCUUCCUGUUUUCCUCCUCCCACUGGGACCCAGUCCCUCUCUAGCUUUUCCUCCCCUUCCCAGACUUUUGCCCCGGCUUUGCUGGCCAAGUCGUGGGUCUUCCUUCUGUCCCUUCACUGCAUGGUACAGUUCACUUUGGCCCUUUUCCAUUCAUUCCCACCUCAUUGCUAACAACACAGUACAUUCCAGCCCCUCCCCUCAGUCAGAGCCCUUCAGAAGGCCUACAUUCAUUUCCUUAUCCCCAUCCUGGUCCUGCUACCUUCCCUCACCAGCUAGUUUAGAAUGAUUUAGAAUUCCCUUUCUCUUUUUUUUAGUACAUUGUACAUGGCAAAGUGUCAAGCCAGCCCUUAAUAACACCCACCACAUUCUGAGCCGCCUCCUUACCAUUGUGCAGGGUAGUUUGCCUGCCUCUUCCUUCCCCCACCAUUCUCCCUACCUCCUUAACUUUCUACUAGGCUGACCUGGGCCUGCACCAGCUCAGCCAUCUUCUCAAUCUGUUUCAUAUUAUUUAUUUUAAUUUUCUAUUAAAUUAUUGGAAUAAAGUUGAAUUGAG